AUGGAACUGGCUUUUGAGGAUCGGCAUUUGCACCCUUCCAAGAGGGACUUUUCAGACUUGGAUUUAUAUGGAAAGGUCUGCAGUCUUUGUGGGUUAGAGCUUACCUACAGAGAUGAAAUCGUCGAAUCCGCGGAGCCUGGAGUAGUCAAACGCCAUGCCAGAAGGUCCUAUCCCAUUUCAUUACAUCAUGAGUGUGUUGAAUACGCCAAGUCUUUUGUUAUUGGCAGUCUACGAAACCUCGCUGGAGCUGCUGUCACUAUCCGCGGGAGCUUUAAUGAGCCCGAAGAAAUGUGUGGUCCUCGCCGCCGUUGGUUGGAGAACACUGUCACACAAAACCUCUCCCAUGCCCUUCGUGGGCGCCUACCCUUCGAAAUCUGUAGAAAUGUUGCCAUCUACUGUGUUCGUGAACAGUCAAUUCGCUUCAUCCAUCAGGAAUGGAGACAGCGCCUAACUCGCCAUGAUUUCAUAUCGGUUCCUGUCUACAGCCACACGACUCUCUGGGCCCAAUACACCUAUUUCGAAGGUAUUCGAUACAUUGGAUCGUUCUCUUACGACUCGCAGGGCGGCGAUGAGUACUUCCUCAUAAAAGGGAACACGGCGAAUCCCUUGAACCUCUUCGCCCGGCAUAACCAUCUAGGGGUCAACAAGCUUGUUGUAACCGAAGGACAGGAAAGGCCUGAGACCGAGGAGGCCCAUAACUACUGGUGGACUUAUCAUGGCAUCAAAAUCCGGGACCUCGUUGUUGUCAAAACCCCGAAGACCUUCUUCAAUUUCGCUUCAGGUGGUCCUUGCGAGAUACGGUGGGCUAUGCCUCCGUCGCCUGUGAAGUUCUCGCCCAAGAUUCCGAUCCCGAACGGCAUGCCUUGGACUGAUGUACAAAGUCUUGACUGGAAUAAACCAGGGAUAUCCGGCUAUUCCUUCCUUCUUUGCGGUGAAGCUGUCUUGCAAUGCAAUUUCCAUCACGUCCAUGGACCGCCAGUACCUUACCACAAAUACACGACAGGUGAACCCAACGAUCUCUUGUGUCUGCAUUUCCCCAUGAAUCUUGACGAAAGAGUCUCUGAACUCUGGAUCCGUCAGUAUCCUGAAAGGACGGCGACUCUCAUAAUUGUCACAGAUCGCGGCUGUAGUCUCGUCCUUGGAAGUCAGCAAGAUGUCCCGGGUGCUACAUACCAUGCCGUUGCCAAACUACCGCAAGAUAAACCUUACUUCAUGUUCCACGCGCAUUCCUACACCUUUAAGAACAAACUUCUCACCAAGACGAUAGCUCUGCAGAAGAUGAGAGUGAGGACGAAACAGAGAGCGACGACGACUAUGACAGGUCUCCAAAGUAUGUCUCACUGCCCAUGA